AUGGAUGCGGAGUUGGAGAGCCUGUCUGUCGGGGACCUCAAGAAGCGGCUCUUCUGGUCCGGGGGGGCGCUGCCGGAGGGCCACCUGGAGAAGGCGGAGCUUGUGAAGGCGGUGGAGCAGGCGGAGGCGGAGAAGGCGAGGCGCUUCGCGGCGCAGGAGGAGAAGCGCCAGCAGGAGGCCCAAGGGGUGCUGAGACCAGAGCCCCGGCCCUUGGACUUCGAGACCGUGCCCCUGGCGGACCACGAGAAGCAGAUUGUCGAGCUGCAUUUGCUCACGGAGGAUGAGCUGGUGGACAAGAUCCUGGAGAACGGCCACGAUGCGCCCUACGACGCCAGCAAGCACUACCUAGUGGCCCUGUGCCGCAAGGCGCUGAAAGACCCUAGGGCGCCCAAGCCGAAGAGGGAAAGGAAGGUGGUGGAGGAGACGGAGGGAGAGGCGAUCACGCGAGCCAAGCGGCCCACCAUUGGGGACCGCGUGCAGGUGCGGGACACGCAGAUCAUGAAGAGAUACCUCCCCGAAGCCAUCGGGAAAGUCUUCCGCAUCAUCAAGGAUGACGGCGGGGCCUUCCCCUACCGCCUGGGCGGCAUCGGGGAACAAAGGCACUGGUUCAGCGAGGAAGACAUCUGCUGGCCCACCAAGGCGACCAAGCCCACCUUUGUCGCCAAGGGAAGCCAGAAGGAGAAGGCCAAGCCUGACGACCAGCCGGACAAGGUUUUGAUCAACCACAACCGCUACGGCUGCACCCAGGGGGAGGUGCGAGAGGUCCUGGGGGAGACCGGAGACAAGCGGAACUGGGUGCUGAAGGGAGGCCGUCAAGUGCCCAAGGCGCAUGAGGGCAGCGGCUGGUCCCGGGUCUCCGACCGCCUCACCAACGGCCCGCCCCCGCCCGGGCCGCCCCCGCCCGGGCCGCCGGUGGUGGUAACUUCUGGGCCGAGCGAGGCGGAGAUCUUUGCAGAGAUGGAGGAGCUCGCAAAGCAGCUGGAAGCUCAGGAAGCAGAACAGGUCGCCGCAGCUGCGCCGGCGGCGCCGGCCCCGGCGGCUUCCGCGGCCCCGGGCGCCGACGCCGCGGGCGCGGAGGCGCGGCGCCGGCGGAAGGCGGCGGCCGAGGCCAAGGCGAAAGCGGAGGCGGAGGCACUUUCCGGCCAAAGUGGUGCGCCCGCUGCGGGUGCCAAGCCAGGAGAGGAGAAGGACCCGGAGGCCGCGGCAAAGGCCGCCGCCGCGGGCGCGGAGGCGCGGAGGAAGCGGAAGGCAGCCGCGGAGGCCAAGGCGAAAGCGCAGGCAGAAGCCGCGGAGCGGCGCAAGGCGCGGCGCCGGGAGGCGGAGGUGGAGGCCGAGGUGGAUGCGGAGGUGGAGGAGGCAGCGCUGGAGGCGGCAUGGAGCCUGGGCUUGGUGACAGGACGGGUCUCCAUGGACAGGGCAGGAGGUUGGUGCCCUGCGGGCUGUCUGGACGAGAACGGCCCCAUCGCCCAUGCGGAUGCGUGGCACCUCCGUCCGUUGACGGCGGAGCUGUGGGCGGAGCAUCGAGGAGCCUUCGAGCACCUGGGGCUCGAGCUCGCGGUGUGUGAUGCGGACCCCUGGGCGCCGCGGACAUUCAUGAACGCCCUGCAGAGCUCAGGCACGCUGACCGUUUUGCCUGCAAGCGCCGCGGAGGAUGGAACCGCUCUGGGCGUUAGGGCCGCGAACGCUUUGAAGAAGCCCAUGCUGACUGUCACCUGCGAUGGUGGCGAUGGCGGUGAUGACCCUGCAGACCACGCCUGCGAAGCCUUUUGCAGCUGGAUGCAGGAGCAGGACAUUCAGGUUCUGAACGUCAACGGCCCUCGAGAGUCUUCGGCCCCCGGCAUCAAUGCGAGCAGCCAGGCGCUGCUGAAGAAGCUCUUCCAGCGCGCCAUCGCGCGCUGA